AUGGCUUUCAGUCCAGCUUUCGAUGGUUUCCAGAGCUAUGGGCGGCCACUUUCUCAUCGGCCAUCUAUGGUUUACGGUGGCAGUCCGUACUCUCACUCAGGGUCUUUCUACCCUGACGGAGUGGCUUCAUCUCACGGAGAAUAUCCCCAACCCGCAUAUCAGGCAUACGCUCCCUCUAGCAACGCGAUAGUACCUGUGAACCAUCGUCUUGCAGGCUCUUCAGCUUAUGACGAUAUAGGGAUCCAUGAUUCUUGUUACCCAGACGAGCGUCGAUUAUCCAUCGGUCACCAUGCUCCUACCCCGAUGCUCAUGCCGCGGCACCGCCGUCAUUCCGCAGUGUCAUUCGUCGCCCGACCCCCUGCGAUUGACCCCUACCGCCGAGGGAGUUCAAUUAGCAUCAAGUUCAAGCCAAAGGGGUCGCCCACUUCGGGAAUUGGUCUGGAUGAAGCGCAGGCCCAUGUACGCCUGUCAGGCAAUGAUGCAUACACCUUCCACGAUCUGCAUUCAGACGGUCGAAGGAGGAUACAUCUGAAGAUCAAGUGGCACGGAUACGUAUCUCUAACGUACGAGAUCCCCUUGGAUGGGCACGAUGGGCGUGUAAACCUGCAGACUCUCGCGAGGCGUGUGUCUCGGGCGUGUGUUCAUUACCUUCAGGCCAACGUCAUCCCCGUCGUUUGGGAUCGUGUUGUGCUUCAUCACCUUGAGGAAGUGUCCUACGGUGUCUGGCAACCGAUGCUAUCGACACGUUGA